CCUGAAAAAAAAAGUUCUAAAGGAAGCGUAUAAGCGACGUGAGAAAUCACGAAAUCAUUACCUAUAUAAACUAAAAUCCAAUAGAGAUCCCUCUUCUCCUCCUCCUCUCCACAAACCCUAAAGCGCUUUAUAGUUUCAGUUUCUCUCAGAAUCGGAAUCGUUUGCUUCAUUUGAAGAUCGGAAAAAAACAAGAAUGAAGAUUGGUGUUUCUGAGCCAGAGCAAUGCGGUUGCGACACGUGUGUCCAGCAUCGCACUUUAUGCACUCAAGAAACCGAACCGAGCAAAGAAGUGACUGGCUCAUCGGUUCCUGUUAGUUCAGAACCAGUUCAACGUCUCGGUUCCACCUCAGAUCAGUGUUCCGGAACACAUACGACUCCACUCGCUCCUCCUGAACCAGCAGCGCAGUCUGUUGAUGCAUCCUCCACAUCAUCCUCCAUAUUCAGUUCUGUUAGUUCCCAACCAGCGCGAGCUCUUUGUCCCACCGGUUCACUGCCAGUUCCUUUAUUUGGUUGUUCAUGGCCACGUCCUUGUAGCUGUACUGGUUGUUCACUGCUAGGUCCUUCUAUUCGUCGUUCAUCUCCCUUCUUUACUGCUUCUUCCGGAUCAUCAAUCUCCUCGUCAAGGCAAGCCAACGUUACAAACAGUUUCGGUUCCGCUGCAUCCGAACCAUCUGUAUCUGGGCCAAUGAAAGCUCCUAUUUUUACUUCUGGCUCUUCAACCGCUUCCACAUCCUCAACUCUACCUUCAUUAGUUACUCCCUCGGACAUUACAAGAGGAUCAGUGCAAGCGCCUGUCCAAGCUAACACUUCCAAGACUGCUUCUGAUUUUCAUCCACCUAACGUUGCCAACACUGGAGUUUGCGCUGCUUCAAGGACUAGCACGAACAAUCCAUUUCCAGGAUUUAGUGUUGAUUACUUGCCCAGAUGUCCCUCUAACCUUUCUCGACCAAACGCACCAACUACUACACCAGUUCCUGGCCCUAGUUCAGUUUUGGCUGGUGGUGAAACUGAACAAGGUAGUAGGUAUCCUCGUUAUGCGCCUACACCAGAUGUUGACGGCAAGCAGAUUAUUUCCAUAUCUGCUUCCAACUCACAUGGACAUAAAAGUCAUGAAGAGUUGAGGUGGGAAGAUUACAAAAAUGGAGACAAAGGUGGGGUUGGGAGGUUUCAUCCGGCUCACAAACCUCGUAAAGAAUCGAGGUGGGAUAAAGAAAAAAAUGGAGACAAAGCUGAGGUUGGGUCGUUUCCUCUUGCUGAUCAUACACCGUCGGUGUUUACUCCUCCAAGCAUACCUGAACGUCCUCGGAUGAGAACUAUUGAUCUAACGCACCGAGACAUGAAUGGUUUUCCUAUUGGCUACAACACCCCCACUGCUUUCCAGAGCCCCCAUGAACACGUUGGUGUUUCUUCCCCAGCAUCUGGAUGCACGGCGUGUGGAGCCACGAGUAGCUCCUCUCCUUCUAGUCACUUGGGCUUGAACGGUACCACAAAUCUUCCAUCAGCUGCCACAUCUCUUCCCGGGCUGUUCUUUUCCACCUAUGGUUCUUUUCCUUUGCUGUUUGGCUCACCAAAUCUUGCAGCUUAUGGUACAACAGCAACUCCAGCAGUCCAAGCGUAUCCUAUGAUGUUUGUGACACCAAGUUCCACUUCUCAAGGUACAACAGCAACUCCAGCGUUUCAAGCGUUUCCUAUGAUGUUUGGAAUACCAAAUCUUGCUGCUCAAGGUACGACAGCAACUCCAUCAGUUCAAGCGUAUCCUAUGAUGUUUGGAAUACCAAAUCUUGCUGCUCAAGGUACAACAACAACAACUUCAGCGGCUCAGCCCUAUCCUAUGAUGUUUGGAAUACCAAAUCUUGCUGCUCAAGGUACAACAACAACAACUUCAGCGGCUCAGCCCUAUCCUAUGAUGUUUGGAAUACCAAAUCUUGCUGCUCAAGGUACAACAACAACAACUUCAGCGGCUCAGCCCUAUCCUAUGAUGUUUGGAACACCAAGUCUUGCUGCUCAAGGUACAACAACAGCUGUUCAGCCCUAUCCUACGAUGUAUGGUACACCAAAUUUUGGAGCUCAAGGUAUGACUCCAGCAGCUCAAGCCUAUCCCGUUAAUGGUUUAACUCUUCUCCCAUUUGCCGCCAUGCGUCUGCAGUAAUCGUGCCUCGCUCUGCAUCAAAGUUGUGUCUUUUAUCUUGUAGUUCUAAGGUCUUUGUUUUGCUUAAGAGUCAUAAACCAAGUCUCGUCCAACUUUAUGUUUUUUUUUCUAAGUAAAGGUUCAGCUAAUCAUGGAUGUAAACAAGUCUCUUAAAACGUCAUUAUUUUGCUUUUAACAAUAAAAGCUCCUUUCCUUCUA